AUGCAAACUUUGAUAACGCCGCUGCCUUCCACCAAAGCCGAGCUACUGGCCAAGCAAAAUCAAGCCAUUGCGAACAUCAAGCAUCCGUCCAUGCACAUCACGAGAGUGGAGAAGGUUGCGUACGAAAUCGACCAGUACAUCUCGACGCGCAAGGGGCAGAUUUUCACGCUCACCGUCGUAGGAUUAAUACUGAUUGCAAUUGGAGGCGUAUUCUUGAAGGCGGUUCAACCAUCAAGAAAGUUUGGCGAGACGGUGUGGGAGUCCUGGACGUAUUUGGCAGACACAGGGUCGCAUACUUCGUUGACUCAGGACGGCUUGCGCGUGGUGGGAGUACUGACCACUUUGGUGGGCAUUCUCUAUUUUUCCAUUGUCAUGGGGUUCGUCGUUGAUGGUAUUCGAGGAAAGCUCGACACCCUGAAAAAAGGCAAGUCCAUUGUCGCCGAAGAAAACCACACGCUCCUACUUGGAUGGACCGAGAAGUCCAUCUCAUUAAUCCGGCAAAUCUGUUUGGCGAACGCAAGCGAAAAUGGCGGUGUAAUUGUCGUUCUAGCUGAAAUGGACAAGGAGGAACUGGAAGCGGAGCUGGAGUCGCAGAUGCGCAAAGAGGAACUUCGAGGAACGCGCGUUAUCUUCCGCACGGGUACACCAUUACUGUCCGUCGACCUGCUCAAAGCAUCGGCCCAUCGAGCGAAAAGCAUCGUUAUCAUGGCAAACUCCACGGGCGAUGCGGAUCGAUCGGAUGCUGCGGUACUGCGCACCGUUCUCAGCCUCAAGACCCUACCCGAGCUGGCUGGCCAUAUCGUAGCAGAACUGCGUGAUAUUGACAAUGACCCGUUAGUUCGUCUUGUCGGAGGGAAAGAGGUCGAGAUUCUGGUAUCCCACGACAUUAUCGGUCGUCUGGUGCUCAUGUCUGCUCGAUCCCCUGGCCUCGCACGAGUAUAUUCAUCCCUCCUCGGCUUCGAGGGCAACGAAUUCUACUUUAAAGAGUGGACGGAAUGUAUCGGCGUAGCGUUUGGAAGCCUCACCGAGCGCUUUCCGAAUGCGAUUCCACUCGGUAUCAAACGGAAGAACGGCGAGGUAUUUAUUUGCCCAGACGCAGAUCUCAUCUUAGAGAAGGGAGAUCAAGUUUUGGUUUUGGCUGAGGACGACGACACGUACAAGGCGUGUCCCCCAGUGUCGAUUGAAGUGGGGAAGGUUCCUCCACCUCCGGCUAAAAUGCCCACGAGUGAGCGGAUUCUGAUGUGCGGCUGGCGUCGAGACGUUCGCGAUAUGAUCCAGUUGCUGGAUGCCAUUGUGGAGCCAGAAACCGAGUUGCACAUCAUCUGCGAGGAGCCGAUUCAUUUACGCAACAAACUCCUGCUCGAAGGAGGGCUCACGGUGGAUAACCUCAAGAAUAUCAAACUCGUGCACUACGUCGGCAACACGGCGAUCCGCCGACAGUUAGAGAAGCUGCCGUGGCACUCGUUCACGUCCAUUAUGAUCUUGUCGGACCAGUCCCGGGAGAUGGACAUCAUGCACUCGGAUUCGCACUCGCUGGCCUCGUUAUUGCUGAUCCGCGACCUCCAAGCGCGUAGCUCCAGUCGUAACAGCGUCAUCCAAGGAGCCCCCGGCUACUGCAAAUGUAUCAGCGAAAUUCUGGACCCACGCACGCAACGAACAAUCUCCACGAGCGCUACGAUUCUCACACUGUCGGAAUUUAUCCAGUCGAACGAGCUGGUGAGUUGCAUCCUUGCAAUGAUUUCCGAGAGUCGGGAUGUGCGCGUGGUCCUUGAUGAACUUCUAGGCCCCCAAGGCGCAUUCUUUGAGGUGGAGCCUUCGUCUCUCUACUGUGAUCCGAACGAGAGAGUUUCGUUCUGGCAGUUGGCUAAACGUGCCAUGGUACGGGGGGAUAUUUUGUGUGGCUAUCAAGUUCGAGGUGCGGAUGACACUGUGCUCAACCCGGGAGCUAAGAACCAGCCCCGAUCAUGGAUUAACGUCGAUAUGAUCGUCAUCCGCAACGAAGACGAUGGAUUCGCAGCCCACGAGUCCUCGCUCGUACCGGUUAAUUCAGAAGACUUUGAACGAACUACGCGCAGUCGGCAGAUGAAGGCGACGUAUUCGAGACAACGGCUGCUGGACGCCAUCGCGCAGGAAUCCGAUCUCAACAGCUUCACCGGGUUGGGGGGUGAAGCUGAUAGAUCUACGAUUAUGCGGGCGCUCAGCAUGGCGGAUGUGCUACCGGCGCAAACUCAGCAAGUGAGCGUGCGUGCGCUGGUUGCCGCGGCACGAAUUCUUGCAGAUGCACUCGAACAAGCCAACAUCACCCACAUAAAGAAUGCCUGA